AUGGCUGCUCAAGUUCUCCCGACACCGUCCUCGCAAUUCCCCAACCACUUGUCUUACGGGAACGAGAUGCUCAAUUCUUUCCAGAAUUUUGAGACUCUGCCAUCUGGGAGCGUUGCCUACACUUCCGGCCCCCCGUCACAGUCGCUUCUGAUGGUAUCUCAACCUUCAAUGAAUUCCGAGGUGCCAUAUCGCAGACGUUCCUCUCAUUCGCCGCAGGCGCCCAUGAGCGCGCCGGCAAUCCGUGACCGAACACCCAUUCGGCACCACAGGCCCAGCCUGUCGCGCGGUCGCAGUCACAGUCGAAGCGAUUUGUUGCUGGCAUACGCCACCGAACAAAACCAGCUGCACCAGACACAGUCACUGCCGUCAAUGGCUGCUAUGCCGUCACAGAGCGGGUCGACGAUGCCACAAAUGUACAACAUGCCAUCGUACAGCAUGUCGCCCCCCAUCACCAGCUUUCCGCACCAAGGGGGUUAUUUUGGAUCCCCAGUGCCGCCACCAACGGCACAACAAGACACGACGACUGAUUUCCCGCUGCACCAUAAUGAAACGGAAGCCCACGCCUUCUACCCUGUGGGCCGCACAACUUCUCACGGCUCAGCGCUGAGCCUACCCCCGCCUGAUUCGCCGAAUACUCUGUACCUGCACGGUCAGCCACAACAUAGUCAACAACCACUACCCUCGAUUGGGAUGACGAUGCAACCUUUCCCAGCGGUACCCCUUACGUUGGAAUCUUCUCCCGCCGAAAUCGAGAUUAUGCCAUCCAGACCCAAACCACAAUGCUGGGAUCACGGUUGCAACGGACGUCAGUUCUCGACCUUUUCGAACUUACUUCGCCACCAAAGAGAGAAGAGUGGCAGCGCCGUCAAAGCCGUUUGCCCACACUGUGGCACGGAGUUUACGAGAACAACGGCGAGAAACGGCCACAUGUCGGGCGGCAAGUGUAAAGGGCGGCCUGAGGGGGAGAGUUCGAACCGAGCGAAAAAGGAAUCUUGA